CAUGAUCAUUAUGUGCACUAUUUUGACCAACUGUGUAUUCAUGACUUUUAGUAACCCUCCAGACUGGUCGAAGAAUGUGGAGUACACAUUCACGGGGAUUUAUACAUUUGAAUCACUUGUGAAAAUUAUCGCCAGAGGUUUCUGCAUAGACGGCUUUACAUUUUUACGGGAUCCAUGGAACUGGUUAGAUUUCAGUGUCAUUAUGAUGGCGUAUAUAACAGAGUUUGUAAACCUAGGCAAUGUUUCAGCUCUGCGCACUUUCAGGGUACUGAGGGCUUUGAAAACUAUUUCAGUAAUCCCAGGUCUGAAGACCAUUGUAGGAGCCCUUAUUCAGUCAGUCAAGAAGCUGUCUGAUGUGAUGAUCUUAACAGUAUUCUGCCUGAGUGUCUUUGCCUUGAUUGGACUACAGCUGUUCAUGGGCAACUUGCGGAACAAGUGUGUUGUGUGGCCCAUCAAUUUCAAUGAGAGUUUCCUUGAAAAUGGCACCAAAGGCUUUGACUGGGAAGAGUAUAUCAACAACAAGACAAAUUUUUACACCAUACCUGGCAUGCUAGAUCCUUUACUUUGUGGGAACAGUUCUGAUGCUGGGCAAUGUCCUGAAGGAUACCUGUGUAUGAAAGCAGGAAGGAAUCCAAAUUAUGGCUAUACGAGCUUUGAUACCUUCAGCUGGGCCUUUUUGGCAUUGUUUCGCCUUAUGACCCAGGACUAUUGGGAAAACUUGUAUCAGUUGACCUUACGAGCAGCAGGAAAAACAUACAUGAUCUUCUUUGUCCUGGUUAUCUUUGUGGGUUCCUUUUAUUUGGUCAAUCUUAUCUUGGCUGUGGUGGCCAUGGCCUACGAAGAGCAGAACCAGGCGACUUUGGAGGAAGCAGAGCAAAAGGAGGCAGAGUUCAAGGCGAUGCUGGAACAAUUGAAAAAGCAACAAGAGGAAGCCCAGGCUGCUGCAAUGGCCACUUCAGCUGGAACUGUCUCCGAAGAUGCUAUAGAAGAAGAAGGUGGAGGGAGGGGGUCUCGGAGCUCAUCGGAAGUUUCCAAACUCAGUUCAAAGAGUGCCAAAGAGAGACGUAACAGGAGAAAGAAGAGGAAGCAGAAGGAGCUCUCUGAGGGAGAAGAGAAAGGGGACAGUGAGAAGGUGUUUAAAUCAGAGUCAGAAGAUGGCAUGAGGAGGAAGGCCUUUCGCCUACCAGACAACAGGAUAGGGAGGAAAUUUUCUAUCAUGAACCAGUCGCUGCUCAGCAUUCCGGGUUCCCCGUUCCUUUCUCGCCACAACAGCAAGAGCAGCAUCUUCAGUUUUAAGACGCCUGGGAGGUUCCGAGACCCUGGUUCUGAAAACGAGUUUGCAGACGAUGAGCACAGCACUGUAGAGGAAAGCGAAGGCCGCCGAGACUCGCUCUUCAUCCCUAUUCGGGCCCACGAGCGGCGCAGCAGUUACAGCGGCUACAGUGGCUACAGCCAGGGCAGUCGCUCUUCUCGCAUCUUUCCCAGCCUGCGACGCAGCGUGAAACGUAACAGCACAGUUGACUGCAAUGGAGUGGUGUCCCUCAUCGGGGGGCCCGGGCCCAUGGCAGCGGGGCGUCUUCUGCCUGAGGUGAAAAUAGAUAAGGCAGCUACUGAUAACAGUGCAACAACUGAGGUGGAAAUUAAGAAGAAAGGCCCUGGAUCCCUCUUAGUCUCUAUGAACCAGCUGAAUGCUUCGUAUGGAAGGAAGGACAGAGUCAACAGUGUCAUGAGUGUUGUUACAAAUACGCUAGUAGAAGAGUUAGAAGAGUCUCAGAGAAAGUGCCCUCCAUGUUGGUACAAAUUUGCCAACACUUUCCUCAUCUGGGAAUGCCACCCAUACUGGAUCAAGCUGAAGGAGAUUGUGAACAUGAUCGUUAUGGACCCUUUUGUGGACUUAGCCAUUACUAUCUGCAUUGUCCUGAACACCUUGUUUAUGGCGAUGGAGCAUCAUCCCAUGACGCCACACUUUGAAAACGUCUUGGCUGUUGGAAAUCUGGUUUUCACUGGAAUUUUCACAGCAGAAAUGUUUCUGAAGCUCAUAGCCAUGGAUCCCUACUAUUAUUUCCAAGAAGGUUGGAACAUUUUUGAUGGAUUUAUUGUCUCCCUCAGUUUAAUGGAACUUGGUCUAGCAGACGUGGAGGGGCUUUCGGUGCUGAGAUCUUUCCGUUUGCUCCGAGUCUUCAAACUGGCCAAAUCCUGGCCCACCUUGAACAUGUUGAUCAAGAUCAUUGGGAACUCAGUGGGUGCUCUAGGCAACCUGACCCUGGUGCUGGCCAUCAUUGUCUUCAUCUUUGCUGUGGUGGGGAUGCAGCUGUUUGGGAAGAGCUACAAGGAGUGUGUCUGCAAGAUCAACCAAGACUGUGUGCUCCCUCGCUGGCACAUGCAUGACUUUUUUCAUUCCUUUCUCAUUGUCUUCCGUGUAUUGUGUGGGGAAUGGAUCGAAACCAUGUGGGAUUGCAUGGAAGUGGCAGGCCAGGCCAUGUGCCUCAUCGUCUUCAUGAUGGUUAUGGUCAUUGGCAACUUGGUGGUGCUGAAUCUGUUUCUAGCCUUGCUUCUAAGCUCCUUCAGUGCUGACAACCUGGCUGCCACAGAUGAUGAUGGAGAAAUGAACAACCUACAGAUCUCUGUCAUCCGCAUUAAGAAGGGGGUAGCCUGGAUUAAGUUGAAAGUACAUGCCUUUGUUCAGACCCACUUCAAACGAGAAGCUGAUGAGGUGAAGCCACUAGAUGAGCUGUAUGACAAAAAGGCCAACUGCAUUGCCAACCACACUGGGGCCGACAUCCACCGUAAUGGCGACUACCAGAAGAAUGGGAAUGGCACCACCAGUGGUAUCGGUAGCAGUGUGGAGAAGUAUAUCAUUGAUGAGGACCACAUGUCCUUCAUCAACAACCCCAACCUAACUGUGCGGGUCCCCAUUGCUGUGGGCGAGUCUGACUUUGAAAAUCUCAAUACUGAGGAUGUCAGCAGUGAGUCGGAUCCUGAGGGCAGCAAAGAUAAACUGGACGAUACCAGUUCCUCUGAGGGGAGCACCAUUGAUAUCAAACCAGAAGUGGAGGAAGUGCCUGUGGAGCAACCUGAGGAAUACUUGGACCCCGAUGCCUGCUUCACAGAGGGUUGUGUCCAGAGGUUCAAGUGUUGCCAGGUCAACAUCGAGGAUGGACUGGGUAAGUCCUGGUGGAUCCUACGAAAAACCUGUUUCCUCAUUGUGGAACACAACUGGUUUGAGACCUUCAUCAUCUUCAUGAUUCUGCUGAGCAGUGGUGCUCUGGCCUUCGAGGAUAUCUAUAUUGAGCAGAGGAAAACCAUACGCACCAUCCUGGAAUAUGCGGACAAGGUCUUCACCUACAUCUUUAUCCUGGAGAUGUUGCUCAAGUGGACAGCCUAUGGCUUUGUCAAGUUCUUUACCAAUGCCUGGUGCUGGCUGGACUUCCUCAUUGUGGCUGUCUCUUUAGUCAGCCUUAUAGCUAAUGCCCUGGGCUACUCGGAACUAGGUGCCAUAAAGUCCCUUAGGACCCUAAGAGCUUUGAGACCCUUAAGAGCCUUAUCACGUUUUGAAGGGAUGAGGGUGGUGGUGAACGCCCUGGUUGGUGCCAUCCCCUCCAUCAUGAACGUUCUGUUGGUGUGCCUGAUCUUCUGGCUGAUUUUUAGCAUCAUGGGGGUGAACCUGUUUGCAGGGAAGUACCACUACUGCUUCAAUGAAACAGCGGAGUACCGCUUUGAGAUAGAGGAAGUCAACAACAAAUCGGACUGCGAAGCACUCAUGGAAGGAAACUCCACGGAGAUCCGGUGGAAGAACGUGAAGAUCAACUUUGACAACGUAGGGGCGGGCUAUCUGGCUCUUCUUCAGGUGGCAACCUUCAAAGGCUGGAUGGACAUCAUGUAUGCAGCUGUGGAUUCUCGAAAGGCAGAACAACAGCCUAAAUAUGAGGAUAACAUUUACAUGUACAUCUACUUUGUCAUCUUCAUCAUCUUUGGCUCCUUCUUCACCCUGAACCUGUUCAUUGGUGUCAUCAUUGACAACUUCAAUCAACAAAAGAAAAAGUUUGGAGGUCAGGACAUCUUUAUGACUGAAGAACAGAAAAAAUACUACAAUGCCAUGAAGAAGUUGGGCUCAAAGAAACCCCAGAAACCCAUCCCCAGGCCCCUUAACAAUAUCCAAGGUGUCGUCUUUGAUUUUGUAACUCAACAAGCUUUUGACAUUGUGAUCAUGAUGCUCAUUUGCCUCAACAUGGUGACGAUGAUGGUGGAAACAGACACUCAGAGCAAGCAGAUGGAGAACAUACUCUAUUGGAUCAACCUGGUCUUUGUCAUCUUCUUCACAUGCGAGUGUGUGCUGAAGAUGUUUGCUUUACGGCACUACUACUUUACUAUUGGUUGGAAUAUCUUUGACUUUGUGGUGGUCAUCCUCUCCAUUGUUGGAAUGUUCCUAGCUGAUAUAAUAGAGAAAUAUUUUGUGUCCCCAACUCUAUUCCGAGUCAUCCGAUUGGCCCGAAUCGGACGCAUCUUGCGUCUUAUCAAAGGAGCCAAAGGGAUCCGUACCCUUCUCUUUGCCUUAAUGAUGUCCUUGCCAGCCCUUUUCAAUAUUGGCCUUUUGCUCUUCUUGGUCAUGUUCAUCUUCUCUAUCUUUGGGAUGUCUAACUUUGCUUACGUCAAACACGAAGCUGGCAUCGAUGAUAUGUUCAACUUUGAGACGUUUGGCAAUAGCAUGAUCUGCCUGUUUCAGAUCACCACCUCAGCCGGCUGGGAUGGUCUCCUGCUGCCCAUUCUGAACCGCCCACCUGACUGCAGCCUGGACAAGGAGCACCCAGGCAGUGGCUUUAAGGGAGACUGCGGGAACCCUUCGGUCGGGAUCUUCUUCUUUGUCAGCUACAUCAUCAUCUCCUUCCUGAUUGUGGUCAAUAUGUAUAUUGCCAUUAUCUUGGAGAACUUCAGUGUAGCCACAGAGGAGAGCGCAGACCCUCUGAGCGAGGAUGACUUUGAGACCUUCUAUGAGAUAUGGGAGAAGUUUGACCCCGAUGCCACCCAAUUCAUUGAGUAUUGUAAACUGGCAGACUUUGCUGAUGCUUUAGAGCACCCGCUUCGUGUCCCAAAGCCCAACACCAUUGAGCUCAUUGCUAUGGAUCUGCCAAUGGUAAGUGGGGAUCGCAUCCACUGCCUGGACAUCCUUUUUGCCUUUACCAAGAGAGUCCUUGGGGACAGUGGAGAGCUGGAUGUCCUUCGGCAGCAGAUGGAAGAGAGGUUCGUAGCAUCCAAUCCUUCCAAAAUGUCUUAUGAACCCAUCACCACCACACUGCGACGCAAGCAGGAAGACGUGUCAGCAGUGGUCCUUCAGCGCGCCUAUCGGGGACAUUUAGCCAGGCGAGGCUUCAUCAGCCGAAAGCUAACCUCCAAUAAGCUGGAGAAUGGGGUCACGCACCGGGAGAAGAAAGAGGGGACCCCUUCUACAGCCUCCCUUCCAUCCUAUGACAGUGUAACUAAGCCCGACAAGGAGAAACAAGAGCGCGCAGAAGAAGGAAGAAGGGAAAGAGCCAAAAGACAAAAAGAGGUCAGGGAAUCCAAGUGUUAGAGG